UUGCUGCUAAUCCGAAUGUAGGAAAGUCAUCUGGCUCAUUUUCGGUCUUCGCCUUCUGAAUCCUCUCGAGAACCUCUCAGUCAUGGAGUUUCUGCAGGUGAACCUCGUAUCUUGUUUCCUCUUGCUUUGUUUCCGCACGCUUUCCGUGUACUCCCGCCUCUUCUCUCCCGUCGACAACUAUCUAAUCGAUUGCGGUUCGGCGGCCGUGAGCACCAUAGACAACCGUCGAUUCGUCGGCGACCUCUCCGGCAACGACUCGCCCCUAUCGUUUUCUGGUCGCUCGAUUUCAAUAAGAAAUGAAAACCCUGUUCCGGGUUUGGCCCCAGUCUACCGCACGGUUAGGAUUUUCAGAAGCCCUUCGAAGUAUGCAUUCCCUAUCAGAGACAAAGGAACCCACAUGGUACGUCUUCACUUUAAUUCAUUUAAUUCUCCGGGAUUCGAUCUGGGUGAUGCUCAAUUUCACGUUUUGGUCGACGAGUUUAUCGUUUUGAGCAAUUUUAGCCGAGUUCGUUCUGAAAACCCUAGGAUUAUGGAGUAUCUAAUAAGGGUCGAUGCUGAAAAGCUUGUGAUAAUGUUUGUUCCAACUGAAAAAUCAAAAUUUGCAUUUGUGAAUGCUAUUGAGGUGAUCUCUGCUCCGAAAGACCUCGUACCUGAUACUGCACAAUAUGUGAGUUCGAAGAAUGUAGUGGAUUUUGAUGGUUUAAGCAACCAGGCACUGGAAGUUGUCUACAGGUUGAAUGUUGGGGGUCCUAAAGUCACUCCAUUUAAUGAUUCCUUGUGGAGGACAUGGAUGCCUGAUGGUAAGUUUUUCAAGCCCAAUUAUGCAUCUCAAAGAUUGUACUUUGGUGGUCGGAUCAAGUAUCAAAGAGGAGGUGCUAGCCGUGAAGUUGGACCUGACAAUAUGUAUAACAGUGCUCGGCUGAUCAAAAGCAAGAAUGCUUCUGUUCCUAUGGUCAAUAUGACAUGGCAAUUUCCAGUCAUUGGGGGUUAUAAAUAUCUUGUUCGGAUGCACUUCUGUGACAUUGCUAGUAUUUCGAUUGGGUUGCUGUACUUCAAUGUUUAUGUCAACGGGCAUUUAGCGUAUGCAGAUUUGGAUCUCUCUGGCAUUACAGGUUUACUGGCUUCCCCCUUUUAUGCUGAUUUUGUUGUUGAUGAAGACAGCUUAGGGGCUUUGAGUGUCAAUAUAGGACCCUCAAAUAAAAGCAUUCCAUAUGUGGUCGAUGGUAUCUUGAACGGAAUUGAGAUUUUUAGGUUGAAUAAUUCUCACAAUAGUCUUGAUGGAGAGGAUUGUGCUGGUUUCGUGCUGAAGAACUGGUCAAGGGGAAAUUCAGGGCUUUUCCUUACUUUGGUGGCUGCCAUAUGCAUUGUAUUAAGUAUAUCCUUAUUGAUUCGUAGGAGGAUAGUUGGGUCAGGGGAUUCCUUCCCAUGGUCAAGGUUGCCGGUGGACAUUUCAGAUCACCAUGUUAAGAUAAGCGGUCUUCAUUCAGAAAGCAAAUAAGAUGCGCGUAAAAUAUCUACAGAUCCUGGUGAAUAGGACUAGAAGGAGGAGGACGAGGAAAAGAGAGACGAGGCAGUGCUUUGUUGCGCCAUAAGCCAUUAAAGAAUGGUGGAAUUUGUAAGCCUGAAAAUGUAACACUGCUUUGAACCUUAAUUCUCUGCUAAAACGUACCCUAAUUAGGGAGGUAUCACCCUGUGUCUAAAUUGCUCUACUUGUGUAUAAUAUGUCAUGCUGUAAGGCUUAACUCUUUUGCCUCUGCUUUGUAUCCGUUGUCUGAAGCUGUAUGCAUGUAUCUUGGUUGUAACUUUUGAAAAUAGG